AUGCGUCGAACCAUCAGAAGAGUGUCCGCAAAGCCCAUCAUCUUCCAGUUCUCGCUCGGAGAGGAACGAUAUCAAAAAGCGGUCGAUAUUAGAGAGACGCGGCAGCAAAUCGACUAUACUGCAACGAUCAGAAAGCUCGCCGAAAAUCGCACUCCCCAUGCAAUACUCCUCACCGACUUCAGCAUCGCCGAACCCAAGAACUUUAUGCUACUACUCAAAGUGAUCCGGUACGCCCGAGAAGGCGGCAUUGUCGUGCUAAGCGUGUGCUUUGCCUUCACCAUGCACUUCGACCGUUUCGACCAAUUCAUGAAGGAGUGGGGUCUACCCUGGGCAAUACACGGCGAACAUUGCCAUCGCUGCAUCCUAAACCCUUCAGCCGUGGGUCCCAAUACGCGGUGGAAGUCUGGCUUGCCGAACAUUUACGGGUUCUGCCAAUUCAAUAUGGUCUAUCUCAAGAACGUUUCGCCCGAAUCUUGCUGGUACCUCCCCGAGCCACCCAGGUCAUACGGCUUCGAUGGCGACAAUAAAUGGCAGCCUCUCGGAAGGGAGACACCGGUCGCCUUCUCCCGGGUCGGGAAGGGAUACUUGGGAUUUACUGGAGAUGUGGACCAAGAAGAAGCUACCGAUGCCGUGCUUUUCUCGAUGCUUGGAUUGAACUUACCACUAUCGACUGAAUGGAUCUUUAAGGAGGAAGGGUUCAAGAGUUGGUACUAA